GAUGAUGAUUUUGUCUGGAUUCAUGACUACCAUUUGAUGGUCUUGCCGACGUUUCUGAGAAGACGGUUUAACAGGAUAAGGAUGGGAUUUUUCCUUCACAGUCCCUUCCCCUCAUCUGAGAUAUACCGCUCUCUGCCUGUUCGGGAGGAGAUACUUAAGGCGUUACUGAACAGUGACCUUAUUGGCUUUCACACUUUUGAUUAUGCUCGUCACUUCCUUACUUGCUGCAGUCGGAUGUUGGGUCUUGAGUACCAGUCUAAGAGAGGCUACAUUGGCCUGGAGUAUUACGGGAGGACUGUGGGAAUCAAGAUCAUGCCAGUCGGGAUCAACAUGGGUCGGAUUCAGUCGGUGAUGAGAUAUUCAGAGGAGGAAGGUAAGGUGACGGAGCUCAGAAAUCGUUUCGAAGGUAAGACUGUGUUGCUUGGUAUCGAUGACAUGGAUAUUUUCAAGGGUAUAAACCUGAAGCUUUUAGCAAUGGAACAAAUGCUUAGGCAGCACUCAAAUUGGAGGGGAAGGGCCGUUCUGGUUCAAAUUGUUAAUCCCGCUAGGGGUAAAGGUAUUGAUGUAGACGAAAUACGCGGUGAGAUCGAAGAAAGCUGCAGGAGGAUCAAUGAAGAGUUUGGGAAACCUGGAUAUCAGCCUAUCAUAUAUAUUGAUACUCCGGUUUCAAUAAAUGAAAUAAAUGCCUAUUACCAUAUUGCUGAGUGCGUAGUCGUUACAGCUGUUAGAGAUGGUAUGAACCUUACUCCCUACGAAUAUAUUGUUUGUAGACAGGGUUUACUUGGAUCUGAAUCAGAUUUUAGUGGCCCAAAGAAGAGCAUGUUGGUUGCAUCAGAGUUUAUUGGAUGUUCUCCUUCGCUUAGUGGGGCUAUACGCGUAAACCCAUGGAACGUUGAAGCGACUGGAGAAGCCUUAAAUGAGGCCCUUUCAAUGAGUGAUGCUGAGAAACAGCUGCGACAUGAGAAACAUUUCCGGUAUGUUAGUACUCACGAUGUAGCUUAUUGGUCAAGAAGUUUCUUGCAAGACCUAGAGAGGAUAUGUGUGGACCAUUUCAAGAAAAGGUGUUGGGGGAUGGGGAUUAGUUUUGGUUUCAGAGUUGUGGCACUCGAUCCUAAUUUUAGAAAGCUUUCAAUACCGUGCAUUGUGUCGGACUACAAAAGGGCGAAAAGCAGAGCUAUACUGUUGGAUUAUGAUGGCACUCUGAUGCCUCAAAACUCCAUCAAUAAAGCUCCAAGCCAGGAAGUUCUUAACUUCUUGGAUGCACUUUGCGAGGACAAGAAGAAUUCAAUUUUUAUUGUCAGCGGAAGAGGGAGGGAAAGCUUAGGCAAGUGGUUCGCGCCGUGCAAAAACAUUGGAAUUGCGGCGGAGCAUGGAUACUUCUUGAGGUGGUCAGGCAAUGAAGAAUGGGAAACAUGUGGGCAGAACUCUGAUUUUGGGUGGAUGCAGAUCGUGGAACCUGUAAUGAAACAGUACACUGAAUCUACCGAUGGCUCUUCCAUUGAAAUCAAAGAGAGUGCUUUGGUUUGGCAAUAUCGGGAUGCGGAUCCAGGCUUUGGUUCGUUACAAGCAAAGGAAAUGUUAGAGCAUCUAGAGAGUGUUCUAGCUAAUGAGCCAGUGGCAGUCAAAAGCGGUCACUACAUUGUAGAAGUCAAGCCUCAGGGAGUCAGCAAAGGAUCUGUGUCAGAGAAGAUAUUUUCAUCGAUGGCUGAAAAGGGAAAACCGGUUGAUUUUGUGCUAUGUAUUGGAGAUGACCGAUCUGAUGAAGACAUGUUUGAAGCGAUUGGUAAUGCGAUGUCGAAAAGGUUACUGUGUGAUAAUGCUCUAGUCUUUGCAUGCACAGUUGGGCAAAAGCCAAGCAAGGCUAAAUACUACUUGGACGAUACUACUGAAGUGACAAGCAUGCUUGAAUCUCUAGCUGAGGCAUCAGAGGCUUCAAACUUCUCAAUGCGUGAACUUGAUGGUGCCCUUUGAUAUAAAACCAGAUCUUUUGCCAGAUAGAUGGCUAAAGUGGUUAAAACAUACAAAAAGACAAGGAAAGGAAGAGACUGGAGUUUGGUGGUCUGUUUGUUGUGUUUGUGAUUGAAAGAAAGAAAAGCAGAAAAGGGUAGUGAGAACUGAGAGUAUUAAUGGUAAAAAAGGAAAAAAAAAUGGUGAUGUGAAGCUUUGUUCUUUUCAGAAUGUUUAUUUGAAGAGCAAUCAAUUAAUCAAAGGAGGAGCAAAAAUAGGUAUGUUUGGUUUCAGGGCUGUGUUGCAGGAUGUUGAAGUAACAACAAGCAAAAGCUUUUCCUGAUCUUUUUCUUUCUUUUUUUUUCUUUUAUUAUUAUGAUUAUUAUUUGUUAUUGUAAUUGGAUGAUCUUGAGGAUAUCAAUUUGGGAUUCGGCUGUUUAUUGGAUCUUGAACAAAAACGAAACUGUGAAAACCAAAAAUAGUAUGUAAAGAUAACGUUGCGUGUCCA